UAAGAAAUUCCCGGAAAUAUAUUCGAUUCGGAGAAUCUGGCCACGCCAAACGCAGGUCUGUAUGCGGCGUACCGUUCAGUUCAUGUUCAGCAUUGUCUGUUGUCGGUGGUGUUCUUGCUGUGGAACUCCAUAACCAUUAGGACUACAUGGCACAUUCCUCCGCCCGGUCAGGAGGCGCCUAUGCUCACAGCGGAGCGGGUGGUUCGUAUUCCUACGCCGGUUCAAACAGACCACAGAAAGAAGAACGGUUUGGGAGGGGUUCAGGACAGUUUGGAGGAGGGUAUGGUGGUGGACAGUUUGCUUCCUCUUCCUCUUCCUCCGGCCCCGGGGGUAAUUUUCAGAGUUCCACGAUGACGUCAGGACCUGGCGGGACGUUCGGCACGUACCAUUCCUCGGAUGACCCGGGUCGCGUGUACACCUGGGGAAACCCGCCUGCAGCUUCCGGUCCGCCGCCGGCUUACUCUGAACACACCUCUUAUCCCCAGAAUCGGCAAGACAAAACCACGUUUCAUACCUCCGGGAACGACCAGACCCGGACAGUGUAUACCAACACCCAUACUCCAUACGGCACGUCUAGCACGAUGACGUCAACCACCAGAAACGGCAGGGCGCAUGCGCAAGCUGACCACGGAAGAACAGAUAACGGGAGAUCGGGUUCUUGGAGGUGAAUCUCGAAAAUCUCAGUACUGAUGCUGACUGUUACAGUGAAGUUUAUAUUUAAUUCAUUUUAAAAAUAAUUGGUAUUUUUUCUUUUUAUUUAAAUUAAUUAUUAUUAUUAUUAUUAUUAUUAUUAUUAUUAGUUUUUCCCUAUAUUAUUUAUCAUGAUGUUCGUUUAUGCAUCUGUUCAUUACAAAGAAAAAAACACGUGGUGUGUUUUAAUGGUAUUUUGUGUUGGCCACUAAAAUCAGCGUGGACGUUCUAUCCACGGCCAUUUGGAUCCUGGUUUGAGGUUAAAGAUGUAUGCUUAGUACCAGUCGAUGGAACACCGAUGCGCGUCCCUCUAUAUACAUAUCUCUAUUUGUGAUGUUUAUGACAUGGUGCUUACAACCGAACACUAACAGAACAAUUUCAAACAUGUUUGUAUUGUCACGUCCUACAUAUAUAUUACGUUUUUAAAGAACCUGUUGCAGACAUCAACUAAUGUAUAUCCUAACGUACAUACUAUGGUCUAACUAAUAAGAAUAAAUGGAAAAUAAAUAUGUAAUAAAUA